AUGAACCAACACCAACCGUUGUCCUAUCAAAGCUCAAAAUGUGUCAUGCAAUAUUUGGAACCCAACUUGAGAUAUGCUCUAUCCGCUCGUGCUCCAUCUCUCCGCAGCAUACACCAUGUCAUCCCACUCAACAUCCGCUAUCUAAAAUUGGAUAAUACGAGUUUCACCAUCAACAAUCUCACUCACUCAUUUCACACUUUUAUGGAGCCUGCAGACGGUGCAGAAUUGCCAAUUGACAUGCGAUUGGUCAAUUUGGAAGGUGGGAGACCUUACGACAUAGAUCGAUAUGGGAAUCGAGAUUUAGUUCAAAAUAUGGCGGCUGAUGAUGUGAGGAUAGAACGUGAGAAUGGUGAUGGUCACGAUGCAAUUCAGAACCAUUUUGAACUGCUAGCUCAAUUAGUAAACCUUGACCAGCAGAUCAAGCUGCCCCAGAAGAGAUACCGUUCCCAGAGCUUGGGUCCUGUGAACCGAUCUCCAUCUCCACCUAGGCGCCCAAACCGAUGGCAACGACCCCAACCACCCGUUCGGUUUCGAGAACGUCCAAGGGGAGUGGGACGUCCAGCCCCUCAAAACUUUCAGAGAGCUCAGGUCGGCCAUCUACGUGCUCUGGAAGCUAUCCGUCAAGCUCAAUACAAUCACCUCCUGGUUCGACAAGAUGUUCAAGAAGCUCGUCGAGCACAACAACAAGUACAGCGAGUAGAGGAGAUUGAUGGUCUCCAACGACUUCCAGAAGAGAACCAGUUAAACCAGCUAGCUGACCAACAGGAACAACUAGAAUUCUAUAGAACUCUAGAACAGCAGCAACAUCAAGAAUACGAGAAUAUUCUAGAAAAUCUCAGACGGGAUCAACUUGGUUUAGCAUUAGCUCCCGAAGCGCCCCUCCCCCGAAGUCCGGUCUUUCGUGCAGUACUCAUUGGUUUCUAUUGGAAAACUUUCCAGAUUUGUAGCACCGUUUAUAAGACACUACGUGAGGUUUCCAGAAGGGAUCUCCAUAAGAGAUGCCCUUCGACAACACCUUGGGAUACGGAAAGCCUUUUGAUCAAGAUGUCACCUGGUGUUAGACGCAACUGGGAAAUGACUAUAGUGAGCGUGCCAACAAAGAGAAUUCAUAUGACUAGAUGCAGUUUGCAAUUGGCGGAGCUCGUUUUUGUAGUAAGAGAUUGGCUUGAUAAGUUGAAGGAUAUCGGAACACGAAUUUCUAUUCAAACCAGAAAUGUUGAAAUGUUAUUGGAAGGAAUGAGGAAUCAACUUCAGGGAAUUUGUGGAGUACUGGACUCUAGAAGGUGUAUCAAAUUUCCGCAGUGUGUCACAAUUCCAAUUGGAGCAUACAGGGAGCUCAAUAUAUACGGAUACAAGUCUCCUAGUCAUCGGGAAGAACUAAAUAAGAUUCUAGGAGAACCUUGGAUGAUAGUCAUGGAGAUGAUGGAGAGAGGAUCAGCGGUACCGGUGUAG